CCCCCCCCCCAGCCAUCUACGCAGCGGCCUGUGCGUGAAUGGAACAAGGAGAGCUUCGGUCUCCCCUACCUUGGGGGCGGAGAUUGGGGCUUGACAAGGCCCCGCCCUGGCGCGGUGCCCUCGGAAUUGUUCCCCGACAGGGCGUUCGCAGCCGGUGCCCGGAACUUUGUUCGCGGGCGGCGGGGCGGGCGGAAGGUUUUGGCGCACGGGCCAGACCAGUCUGUGCCGGGAGGGGGAGUUAUGCCGGGCUGGGGGCAGCUGCUGUGCCGGGCGGGGGGGCGCCUGCUGGCGGGAGUUCCUGGCGGCCCAGUGCAGGGAGCGGCGGCGGCCGCUACCGGGAACAGGGGUCCCUGGUGCUUUAUAGUCAGGCAUAUUAAUAGCACCACCUGGUGGGAUGAACAUCUUUCUGAAGAGAACACCCAGUUCCUUAAGCAGGUAACAGCAGAAGAAUACAGAGCUCAAACAGCCAGCAAACUGUGUCCACUGAAAGAUGAACCCUGGCCACUGCACUCAUGGGAACCAGGUUCCCGCAGAGUUGGCCUUGUUGCAAUAAAGUUGGGAAUGAUUCCAUUGUGGACCAAGAAUGGUGAAAGACAUGCUGUCACAUUACUUCAGGUGAAAGACUGCCAUGUUUUAAAGUACACACCGAAGGAAGAGUAUAAUGGAAAAACAGCCACUCUAAUCGUAGGAGGGAAACAUUCAUCUCCUUUUUAUAAACCAGAGUCUGCACUGGAGGUUUUCAGAGAAGCAGGAGUACCACCAAAGCAGAAAACUACAAUAUUUAAGGUGUCAGAUAAUGCUAUAAUUAAGCCAGGUACGCCUCUGUAUGCAGCUCACUUUCGUCCAGGGCAGUUUGUGGAUGUCACUGCCAAAACAAUUGGUAAAGGAUUUCAAGGAGUCAUGAAAAGAUGGGGAUUUAAAGGCCAACCGGCCAGCCAUGGCCAGACUAAAACACACAGAAGACCUGGGGCAAUAUCCAAUACUAAUGCUGGCAAAGUUUUCCGUGGAACGAAAAUGCCUGGGAAAAUGGGUAAUGUCUACAGGACCGCUUUUGGAUUAAAGGUGUGGAGGAUCAACACAAAGAACAACAUUAUUUAUGUAAAUGGUUCUGUCCCAGGUCACAAAAAUUGUUUGGUAAAGGUCAGAGAUACAAAUUUACCUACUUACCGAGACUGCAAUAAAAAUCCUCCAUUCCCCACAUUUUUUGCUGAUGGAGAAGAGCUACCAGAAGACUUGUACGAUCAGGAAGUUUUCCAGUUCACUGAUCCCUCUGUCACAUAUGUUUAGUGGUAUUGACAUCUUUAAGAACGUCAACUUUCACAUUAUUUCUGUGAACUUUGCAAUGCUGAACAAUUACAAACCCAGAAACUGCACUCAGGCUGAAUGACCUGAACGCAUCAAACACUGUUGGGUUUGGUUUUUUUUCAGGUAGCAAGAUUUACUUGUUCCAAAACCGUAUUAAAACAGUGGGUGGUGGUAGGUUGGUGUGUCUGAGGGAAGGGUUGCAAAGUAAUGGGUAUAUUGCUGACUUAUCUUUUUACAUUACAAAAUUGCCUCUUGUAACUUUUUCCCUUUCACAGACUGCCAAGAUUUAUAUUUCUUUAAAUCCAUUGUCUUGGAAUUAUGUGCAUCAGUUACAUGAUUGAUGAAGUUGAGACUAUUAACAGAACAAAAUGUAUAGUUAUUUUUUCCCCUGAGGGAUAUGUACUGAUUAACUUUGACUAAACAG